UCACCUCGUUGGUCUGCGGGGACGGCGGGAGCGGAGGACCUCCUUCGUUCCUGCCCUCUGUUAGCCAUUUUUCACCCUCCACAUCCAUCCCCUUCCCAGACUGCAAUACGCACCCGCAGCACCAUGCUCAUGUUGUCUCAGGUUGUUGAACCAGCCAUCAUAGCGCUGCACUUCCCAAGUCAGUGAGAGUGCGUCCUGGGCACCUGUGGGUCAGAGAGUGGUCCCUUCAGUGCUAGCCUCUCUGGGGCCCUGUACUCUUGGCCAGUGCUUCUCAAGACCACCGGCUGCCCACAACCCGACCAAAGUGGCAAUACUUGGGCAGCGUCUGCGCUGGGAAGUUUCUCUCCAGGCUGACCUGCUCAGCGAUCUGACCCGAUCUUCCAGCCUCAGGGAACCUCUUACCCUCACUUCUCCCUUCCCCAACAACCAGGGGGGACUAGGUGACAUCUCAUCUUGAAGCUAGGGGCACCUGAUACUUACCUACUGGAUCCAGGGGUACAGUCAGCAGAGCUCCUAAGAGCACCAGUGCCUCUGGUCUUGCGCAGUGCAUGCUUACCCUGAAGCCAGAGGGGUGGGAGGUGGUACGUGAGGGGCACUGAGCAGGCAUCCCCCACACCCACACCUAUAGCUGGCGGUGGGGGAGAAGGUGCCAGCUGUGUCCACUUCUAGAGCAAAGUUUUUAGAAGCAUCACCAGGGCACCCAUAGCCACUCUUUUUAGGGCACAAGCAGCCCUGUAGGCAUUGUCGCUGGUCCCCACUCUCCACCACCUUGUUGAAGUAACCUUCACCACACACAGGAACCCCUGGGGCAUAAGUCCUUUGGGGCUUGUCAGUCCCUGGCAGAACUUUACCUCCAGCCUUCCAGGUCCCUCACAAAGACUUGAAUCCCAACCUUCAGGAACUGCUUCUCAUAGAGGAGGCAGGGAAAGUAAAGUGGCUAGUGAGCUGAAAGCCUCGGACCUGCAGUCCCUUGUAUUCCUCAGUGAAUGCCUGUGCAUGGACACUAGGGAUGGGAAGAUCAGGCCCUAAUAGGCCCCUGGUCUAACUUCUGGCUUAGGGCCCCCACUGGGGCCAUUCGUUUUCUUUUUCUUGGAAUCUUUAUUUCUCUAUUCUGCUCCCCGCCUCUCCCUGCUUCUCCUCCCCAGCUCCACAGAUUCUCAGCCUCCAGGGCUUCACUCUUACCCUUCUCACUGGGUCCUCUGAGUCCAGCUGCGCAGGUAUCCACUCAGACCAGAGCUGCACCAGGUGUGAGCAUCUGGACAGAGGCUCUGCCUCUUGCUGUGCAGGUGGCGCUCAUUCAUUUACAUAGCGACCUCCACCCCUUAUUUGCAUGAUCUCUUCCCGCUCAGACUUGGCUGCCACACCCCUACGCUGCUUGGCAAGGUGCCCAUGCUGCUAUAAAAGGGGGGCAGUUCCCCUGUGACUUCCAAAUGCAAAGAGAACCUGCAAAGCGCGCUCUCCUGCCUGACUCCUUUCUAGCCAACUCAGAACGCCUGAGGACAGGCAGCCUCUGAGCUUCCUUAGGGGCCAGCAGAAGCCUGCCAAGGAGCUCAAACUUCACUGCUCAUUGGGUCCAAUCCUCACACACAGGGGGUGGGAUAAAGGGAAGAAGGACCCAGGCACAGACGCCAGGGAUUGCUCUCCCGGCUGGAGCAGACUCCCCUCCUCCCAGUUGCAGCAUGACUCUGUGGAACGGCGUGCUGCCUUUCUACCCUCAGCCUCGGUAUGCCGCCAGCUUCAGCGUCCCACUACUCAUCAUUAUUCUGGUGUUCUUGGCCUUAGCCACCAGCUUCCUACUCAUCUUGCCCGGGAUUCGUGGCCACUCGCGCUGGUUCUGGUUGGUGAGAGUUCUCCUCAGCCUGUUCAUAGGCGCAGAAAUUGUGGCGGUGCACUUCAGCGCAGAAUGGACCGUGGGCGAAGUUAGCAGCAAUACAUCUUACAAGGCCUUCAGUGUGGCACGUGUCCAAGCCCACCUCGGUCUGCACGUGGGCCUGGAGGGUGUGAAUAUCACACUCACAGGGAAUCCGGUACAGCAGCUGAAUGAGACCAUCGACUACAACGAGCAGUUCAUCUGGCGUGUGGGCGAAAACUAUGCGGCGGCGUAUGCGAAGGCUCUGGAGAAGGGGCUGCCGGACCCAGUUCUCUACUUGGCGGAGAAGUUCACUCCCAGAAGCCCCUGCGGGGUUUACCGCCAAUAUCGCCUGGCUGGACACUACGCCUCCGCUACAUUGUGGACGGCGUUCUGCUUCUGGCUCCUCUCCAACCUGCUGUUUUCCAUGCCGGUCCCGCACUAUGGAGGCCUGGCUCUCCUCAUCACCGGCGCCUUCGCGCUCUUCUCUGUCUUCGCCUUCGCCUCUAUCUCCAGCGUGCCUCUUUGCCAGCUCCGCCUCGGCUCCUCCGAACUCACCACUCACUACGGUGCUGCCUUUUGGAUCACGCUGGCCACGGGCAUCCUGUGCCUCCUCCUCGGAGCAGCGGUGGUGAGUCUCCACUACGCUCGACCCGGAGCUCUUCGCACCUUCUUAGAGGGAAGUAUCAAGGACUGCGAUAGUCAGGCAAAAGGUAGCUCGCCUCUCAUCCUCAACAACCCACUGCAUAAGCAGUUCGGGGCCUUGGACUUAACCAUCAGUACUAACCUGUGAAAAAGGACUCAACCUCGGACUCCUACUCUGCCUCCUUCCCCUCUCCCGGAGGGCUGGGGAGCAGUGCCGCCUGGCCUUGGCCCAGGGAGCUCCAGGAGGGCACUGUGCUGAGGGCGUGGUGAGAAAGGCCGGGUGGCCCCAGAUGUGCUGCCUGCACCUGGGAAAGAGUCCCCCAAGGUUUGCUGUAAAUACAUUCUUUCUCUUUAAAAACAAA